CCAUGCCGACGAUUUUGGGCGGCGGGUUCAACCCCGUCGCGCCUGAGAGUCUUGAUCAUAAGGAAGAUGAAGACUUUGACAUUGAAGACGAUGGUGGACAAAUUGUCGAUGCCGGUAACGUGUCCUCCGAGGAGGAGGUGGACCAGGACGGAUUCAUCAACAUCCCAAAGGCCAAAGAAGCCGAUAUUACCAUCGAGAUAAUCACACAGGCGGCAGCUCCGGUCUUCAGAGCCUGCUCCAUCACGAACGACGACUCCCCUCUACGCAACGUCACUAAGGCAGACAAGCUGAAACGUUUGCGAGAUCUUGCGGUUAAGCGCAAACAUGUGAUGGUUAGCCGACUAGUAAACGAUAUUGCGUAUGGACGUACACCAGCGGGGAAGUGGUUGUUGCAGCAGAGAAAGGACGCAAAUCGUACUUCAGCAUCUAGUUCUGUUUUGAGUAGUUUGCUUCUGCUGCGAUGGCUACGCCAUUACGCUUUUACAGACCAGGCGCUUGGUCAGGACUGCAGCACCCAGAAUGUCCCCCUUGCACAUCAGACAGGUAUCCCCUCGUCAAGUCAAAGGAGAGACUACAACUGCGAGCACGGUGAAGCAAUAGGGCGAAGCAAUAGCAGAAGCAUGAAGCUACCAUACCGCGCGUCACAGUUUGUGACGCCCGACAAUAUUUAUGAUCCGUUCCCCAACGGACAUUCUUCCCCAUUCACCACUAGAAAGCUGCAGCAUUCUUUGUGUCUCUGGUUUCUUGCUUUGCAUUGGAGAUCAGUAUCAUCACAUAGCUCAGACCUUCUUGAUUACAACACGUAAUGUAGUAACUUCAUGUCGAGUAGAACAAAUCUUGUUCAGGUAAUUUGGCUUACGUUUUAUCAAACUCAACGAAACCCAUUUCCGAUAGGUAAGUAUCACCUAUAUGGCGAAGACGAAGCUCCGGGGAACGAGUUUUUUGAAGUAUGUGGAUGAAAAUUGCGACAGCGUGGGCAAAACAGAAGAAGAGUGGGCAAAACUUCGGGUACUACUGAAAAUUAUUGGCGUUCUUGUUUCCAUCCCGUACACAUGUCUGUUUCUCUUUUUAUUUGGAUUAUGUACUUUUUGAUGAUGUGCUUUUGUAUAUUCACUAUAUGAAUUCCUCCUCCUGAUUGAACUCAUCUUCCUUUUCCGCUGCGCUCGCACUUUCGAGCAGCGUUCUAUUCGCUUGCGAAAGAAGAUACGCAGCUGCCACUGGGUUAGACCUGAACCUAGGUGAAGCCCACAGUGGAUGGCAAAGUCCUGG